GUGUUUUCUCCAUCGUCCAGCCGAGAGGAGGCUAUGAAGAUCCGGCAUGUGCUCACCCGAUCCAUCACCUUCCUCGUUAUGGUCCUUGUGUUGUUGGUGUUGGUGCCCGAGGGAAUGAUGCUAGUGACGGGUGUCAAGUCACCGGCGAUGGCGGUUUUGUCGGAAAGUAUGGAGCCUGCAAUUAAAAAGGGCGAUAUGGUGUUUGUGCACAACAUGAGCAAUGAACCUUUCCGCGAAGGAGAGGUCGUUCUUUUCAAAGUUGAUGGCUUUGAACAUCUAAUUGUCCAUCGUGUGAUCAAGGUUUACGAGCAUCGAGACACUCGAGAAAUCCGAAUACUCACCAAAGGAGACAACAAUUCAGUGGAUGACCGAUUUCUCUAUGCGAGCGGGCAGCUUUGGCUUCAACCGCAUGACAUUAUUGGACGGGUUGCAGGCUAUCUGCCAUAUGCUGGAUGGCCUAGUGUCUUCAUCAGUGAAGCUUAUAAGGUCUCUCUUUUUCUUCUUAUGAAAGAUGUUGCUGAAUGGUGGAAGCACUACAACUCCAGAAGUACUAUGGGUAACAAUGUAACCACGGCAGAUUUAUGUGGGUUGCCUCCAUAGUGUCUUGUUCGAGGUUAAAGUAUGCAUCAAGCGAAUGAAGAGUAUGUAAAAGACACAUCAUUAUCAUAGUCUCCGCAACAGAGUUAAUCGAGCUCCAUCCGUCUUGUUGAAGUCAUUUCUAUAGCACGGGCGACAUGAUUCCUUUUUUGAGAACAUGCAAAAGUCUUACAUUUAUUUGCGCGGUCGACAUGACUCUAACACCUUCUUUGAAAGGUAGAUUUUGGUGAAACAUGUAGUUAGAUGUAUUCUUCUUCUUCUUCUUUGAUAAAGAGUGGAUUUAUUGACUAAAAAUGAAGUAUCAGGUGGAUACAAACACAAUGAGCACACAUUCGGCCUCUGCAUUGGCAACGACGAGUUUGAUUAGCCAUUAAAGGGUCAGCACACGCUGGCAGAGAGCAGAUGACAACUGCGGGACGUUGGAUCUAAGGUACGAGUUGGAGGCGCCAAGGUGAGGCACACACGUCCUCGCCUCCGCCGUCCGCCGUGGAGCUUAGCCCGGAAGCCUCCUUCGACGGCGCGAGGAAGGGAAUAGCGGUGGUGAAGGCCUUUAGGGGCAGCGGCCUCUUCGCCUAUGACUGUGAGCGAUCCGGGAGGUAGUUGGAGUCGCGUAUCAUGUGGCAAGAUGCCGAUUCGGUAUUCACGUGUAGAGGAGAGAGAAGCAAUUGUUUGCUAU